AUGAAGAAGGCUGAGCGAGAAGCUUGGUACACACUCUCUCAAUUUGUCUGCACAACUUUAUUUUUCCUUCUGGCGAAGUUGAUAGAAAGGAAUGCUGAUCCUGAACUGAUGCUGUUACCAUAUCUGAGGAAAAAGUUCCGACUCACAGAAACUAAGUAUGGCUGUGGAUGAGGAGGCUGUGGUGCCUGUACAGUGAUGAUAUCACGAUAUAACCCCAUCACCAAGAAGGUAAGAUACUUACAUUAUCCAGCCAAUGCCUGUCUGCUCCCCAUCUGCUCUCUGUACGGUGCUGCCGUCACCACAGUCGAAGGCAUAGGGAGCACCCAAACCAGGAUUCGUCCUGUUCAGGAGAGGAUUGCCAAGUGUCACAGCACCCAGUGUGGAUUCUGCACCCCCAGGAUGGUGAUGUCCAUAUACACACUGCUGAGGAACCACUCGGAGCCCUCUCUGGAUCAGUUAACUGAUACCCUUGGUGGUAACCUGUGUCAUUGCACUGGAUACAGGCCCAUAGUAGAUGCAUGUAAGACUUUCUGUAAAACUACUGGCUGCUGUCAAAGUAAAGAAAAUGGGAUUUACUGUUUGGAUCAAGGAAUAAAUGGAUUACCAGGAUUCGAGGAAGAAGAUAAGACAAGUGCAAAACUCUUCUCAGAAGAGGAGUUUCUGCCAUUGGACCCAACCCAGGAAUUGAUAUUUCCUCCAGAGCUAAUGAUGAUGGCUGGGAAACAACCACAGAGGACCAGGGUUUUUGGUGGAGAUAGAAUGAAAUGGAUUUCUCCAGUGAGCCUGAAGGAACUUCUAGAAGCUAAAGUCAAGUAUCCCCAGGCUCCUGUUGUCCUGGGGAACACCUCUGUGGGACCUGAAGUGAAAUUUAAAGGUGUCUUUCACCCAGUUAUUAUUUCUCCUGAUAGAACUGAAGAACGUUGUGUUGUGAACCAUACAUGUAAUGGGCUGACCAUAGGUGCCAGCCUCAGCCUGGCUCAGGUGAAGGACAUCCUGGCUGAUGUGAUCCUGAAGCUCCCAGAAGAGAAGACACAGACACACCGUGCUCUCUUGAAGCAUCUGGGAACUCUGGCCGGGUCACAGAUCAGAAGCAUGGCUUCUUUAGGUGGCCACAUCAUGAGCAGACACCUAGAUUCAGACCUGAACCCUCUCCUGGCUGUGGGCAAUUGUACCCUCAACUUGCUUUCCAAAGGAGAACGGCAGAUUCCUUUAAAUGAGCAGUUUCUCAGAAAGAGCCCCAAAGCAGACCUUAAGCCUGAAGAAAUCCUGAUCUCAGUGAACAUCCCCUACUCGAGGAAGUGGGAAUUUGUGUCAGCCUUCUGACAAGCCCAGCGGCAACAGAAUGCACUAGCAAUAGUCAAUUCUGGAAUGAGAGUCUUCUUUGGAGAAGGGGAAGGCAUCAUUAGAGAGUUUUCCAUCUGCUAUGGAGGUGUUGGUCCAACCAUCAUCUGUGCAAAAAAUUCCUGCCAGAAACUCGUCGGAAGGCCCUGGAAUGAAGAGAUGCUGGAUGCAGCCUGCAGGCUGGUUCUGGACGAAGUCUCCCUCCCAGGCCCGGCUCCAGGUGGGAGGGUGGAAUUCAAGAGGAUUCUCAUCGUCAGCUUCCUCUUCAAGUUUUACCUGGAAGUGUCACAGAUUUUGAAGAAGAUGGACCCUCUUCACUAUCCUAGCCUUGCAGAUAACUAUGAAAGUGCUUUAGAAGAUAUCCAUUCCAAGCAUUACUGGAGUAUAUUCAAGUACCAGGAUGCAGACCCCAGGCAGCUUCCUCAAGAUCCAGUUGGCCACCCCAUCAUGCAUCUGUCUGGUAUUAACCAUGCCACAGGUGAAUCCAUCUACUGUGAUGACAUGCCUGCCGUGGACCAGGAGCUCUUCUUGAUUUUUAUAACAAAUUCAAGAGCUCAUGCUCAGAUUGUGUCUAUUGAUCUGUCAGAAGCGCUCAGCCUGCCGGGUGUAGUGGACAUUAAAACCGGGGAACAACUUGAUGGCAUAACCGUCUUAAGCUAUAUAGGCGAACCUGAGACACUUCUUGCGACAGAUGAGAUGUUUUGUGUGGGUCACCUUGUCUGUGCCGUGAUUGCAGAGUCUGAGGUUCAGGCAAAGAGAGCUGCUAAGAGAGUGAAGAUUGUCUACCAGGAUUUGGAACCACUGAUCCUAACAAUCGAGGUAAUGAGUUUGAUGGUGGUGCCAAUAUGUGGGCAAGAAGAGCAGAUUAUCACUGACUCGCCGCCGCCGCCGCCGCAGGAGGAGCCGCUGCCGGAGCUGCGCGCAGCCAUGGCCGAGAACCCCGGCUUGGAGAACCACCGCAUCAAGAGCUUCAAGAACAAGGGCCGCGAUGUGGAGACAAUGCGAAGACACAGAAAUGAAGUGACAGUUGAACUGCGAAAGAACAAACGAGAUGAGCACUUACUGAAAAAGAGAAAUGUUCCCCAAGAAGAAAGUUUAGAAGAUUCAGAUGUUGAUGCUGACUUUAAAGCACAAAAUGUAACACUAGAAGCUAUAUUGCAGAAUGCUACAAGCGAUAACCCAGUGGUCCAGUUGAGUGCUGUCCAGGCCGCAAGAAAACUAUUAUCCAGUGACAGAAACCCACCAAUUGAUGACCUAAUAAAAUCUGGGAUUUUACCAAUUCUAGUCAAAUGUCUAGAAAGGGAUGAUAAUCCUUCAUUACAGUUUGAAGCUGCUUGGGCGCUAACUAAUAUAGCAUCAGGAACUUCUGCACAGACACAAGCUGUUGUACAGUCUAAUGCAGUACCUCUUUUUCUGAGACUUCUCCAUUCACCACAUCAGAAUGUUUGUGAACAAGCAGUAUGGGCUUUGGGAAACAUCAUAGGUGAUGGUCCUCAAUGUAGAGAUUAUGUCAUAUCACUGGGAGUUGUCAAACCUCUUCUGUCCUUCAUCAAUCCUUCCAUUCCCAUCACCUUCCUUCGGAACGUCACAUGGGUCAUUGUCAAUCUCUGCAGGAAUAAGGACCCCCCACCGCCUAUGGAGACAGUUCAGGAGAUUUUGCCAGCAUUAUGUGUCCUCAUAUACCAUACAGACAUAAAUAUCCUUGUAGACACUGUUUGGGCUCUGUCGUAUCUGACAGAUGGAGGUAAUGAGCAGAUUCAGAUGGUGAUUGAUUCAGGGGUUGUGCCGUUUCUUGUGCCCCUUCUGAGCCACCAGGAAGUGAAAGUUCAAACAGCAGCACUCAGGGCAGUUGGCAACAUAGUGACCGGCACGGAUGAGCAGACCCAGGCCGUUCUCAACUGCGAUGUCCUGUCCCACUUCCCAAAUCUCCUGUCACACCCAAAAGAGAAGAUAAAUAAGGAAGCAGUCUGGUUCCUUUCUAACAUAACAGCAGGCAACCAGCAACAAGUUCAAGCUGUAAUUGAUGCUGGAUUAAUCCCUAUGAUUAUUCAUCAGCUUGCUAAGGGGGACUUUGGAACACAGAAAGAAGCUGCUUGGGCAAUUAGCAACUUAACAAUAAGUGGCAGAAAAGAUCAGGUUGAGUACCUUGUACAGCAGAAUGUAAUACCACCAUUCUGUAAUUUACUCUCAGUAAAAGAUUCUCAAGUUGUUCAGGUGGUUCUAGAUGGUCUGAAAAACAUUCUGAUAAUGGCUGGUGAUGAAGCAAGCACAAUAGCUGAAAUAAUAGAAGAGUGUGGAGGUUUGGAAAAAAUUGAAGUUUUACAGCAGCAUGAAAAUGAAGACAUAUAUAAAUUAGCAUUUGAAAUCAUAGAUCAGUAUUUCUCUGGUGAUGAUAUCGAUGAAGAUCCUAGCCUCAUUCCUGAAGCAACACAAGGAGAUUUUGAGUUAAAGCUUCAUAUGCCUGCUGCCCCAGCAGAACCACUAUCGGUGGAAUUCCUGUACAGUGGGAGAAAAGCCUCAGGGUGCUACCUGUUCCAUCUGUUUGCCUCCUUGACUCUGGUGAAUUUUGCUUUAACAGGUGAGAUACAUAUGGGAGGUCAAGAACACUUUUAUAUGGAAACCCAAAGCAUGCUUGCAGUUCCCAAAGGAGAAGAUCAAGAAAUGGAUCUCUACGUGUCCACAUAGUUUCCUAAAUACAUACAGCAAGUAGCUGCCUUGACCUUGAAGAUCCCGGCUAACAAGAUCAUGUGCCACAUGAGGCGAAUCGGUGGGGCCUUUGGGGGGAAGGUCACCAUAACCGGCAUCAUGGCAGCUGUCACUGCAUUUGCUGCUCACAAACAGGGCCAUGCAGUCUGCUGCAUUCUGGAACGAGGAGAAGACAUGUUAAUAACUGCAGGCAACCACCCUUACCUUGGAAAGUACAAAGUUGGAUUCAUGAACGAUGGCAAAGUCCUGGCCCUGGAUGUGGAGCAUUAUAGCAAUGGAAGCUCCUCCCUGGAUGAGUCAGUGCUGGUGUUAGAAAUGGGAGUUCUGAAAACAAAUAAUGCUCACAAGUUUCCCAACCUGCACUGCUGGGCCCGGGUGUGCAGAACCAACCUUCCAUCCAACACGGGUUUUCGUGGGUUUGGCUUUCCUCAGGCCGGACUGAUCACCGAAUCCUGUAUCACAGAAGUUGCAGCCAAAUGUGGUUUGUCCCCUGAAAAGGUCUGAACCAUAAACAUGUUCAACGAAAUUGAUCAAACACCCUACAAACAAGAGAUUAAUAACAAGAGCCUGAUCCAGUGUUGGAGAGAAUGUUUGGCCAUGUCUUCCUAUUCCCUGAGGAAAGAGGCUGUGGAAAAAUUCAAUGCAGAAAAUUACUGGAAAAAGAAAGGGCUGGCCAUAGUCCCCCUGAAAUAUCCUGUGGGCCUUGGCUCAGUUCCUUCUAGCCAGGCUGCUGCCCUGGUUCAUAUUUAUCUAGAUGGUUCUGUGCUGGUGGCUCAUGGUGGAAUUGAUUACACUAAAAUGAUUCAGGUGGUCAGCCAUGAGUUAAGGAUGCCAAUGUCAAAUGUUUACCUGCGUGGGACCAGCACAGAAACAGUCCCUCAUGCAAAUGCCUGUGGAGCGUUGGUGGUGGCAGAUAUCAGCGGGAUGGCAGUGAAGGAUGCUUGUCAAACUCUUCUAAAAUGCCUUGAACCCAUCAUCAGCAAGAAUCCUCAAGGCACUUGGAAGGUUUGGAUGAGAAUGUGUUACUCUGCAGAGGCUGCUUUUACAGAAAGUAUUAGUCUGUCAGCUACUGGAUACUUCAGGGGUUAUGAGGCUAACAUGGACUGGGAGAAGGGCGAAGGUCAUCCCUUCGAAUACUUUGUUUUUGGAGCUGCCUGUUCCGAGGUUGAAAUAGACUGCCUGACAGGUGAUCAUAAGAACAUCAGAACAGACAUUGUCAUGGAUAUUGGCUGCAGUAUAAAUCCAGCCCUUGACACUGGCCAGAUUGAAGGUGCAUUUCAAGGCAUGGGACUUUAUACGAUAGAGGAACUGAAUUAUUCUCCUCAGGGUGUCCUGUACACUCGUGGUCCAAACCAAUAUAAAAUCCUAGCCAUCUGUGACGUCCCCACAGAGUUGCAUGUUUCUUUGUUGCCUCCGUCUCAAAACCCAAAUGCCCUAUAUUUGUCUAAGGGUCUGGGAGAGUCUGGGGUGUUCCUGGGUUGCUCUGUAUUUUUUGCAAUCCACGACGCAGUGAGGGCAGCACGGCAGGAGAGAGGCCUUUUUGGUCCGUUGAAGCUCAAUAGUCCUCUGACCCCAGAGAAGAUCAGAAUGGCCUGUGAAGACAAGUUCACAAAAAUGAAUGGAUUCAGACACUAUAUAAGGAGUUUGUGGGAUCCCCCCCAAAAUAGAUAA